GGACUUUGUUCGGUUCCGAACGUUUAUUUUUUUUUGUAUUGUUUAUGUUUUGAUCAAUUUUUUGUUUUGUAUGACCCACUCUGUAUGUUAAUGCCCAAAGAACCAUCUUUCCCUUCAUUCCCCUUCCCAUUUGACCCAUGUUCCCCCAUUCAUCGUAAUUUGUCUUUUGAAUGAUAAGUUUACCAAUACCUUUCCCUAAUUAGUCUUAAAAAAAGUAAAACCCUUCUAGAAGCUUCUCCCGUUUUCCAGAUCAGUCAUUUUUUGUUGUUUUUGUUUUAUUUUUGCAUUCCAACUGAAAGGGGAGGAGCCUAUUUUGUACCAAUCACUCACUCACACUACUAAAUUUUCUAGUAUAUAAGUGACCCAUGUAGCGCAAAGCGAAUCAGUUUUAUUUUGAACGUCGAGGAAUAAACAUCGUUUAGAAAGUGAAGCAACCCGGAGUUUUCCUUUCCCACCGAGAAGCCAACAGUCCUGCCUCCACUGACGAAGCGAAGCGACCGCUCGCUGCUGUUGCCUACGAGAUACAGUCCACCGCUCAACCGAGCAAAUUCCGAGCAUUAGCGCUGUUCCUUCAGACCGCUCCACAACUCGACCCCACCAGUGGUAAUCGAUUGUGGAUACCGGUUUGACUGCACACGGACAGACUAAUACUCCAGAAGGUGCCAACCGAUCAGUCGUUGCUGGAGCACCAACAAGGAAUUUUCAGUGCCCCAUCGGUCCGCUCCACGAUCAGAGCUUUCCGGUAACCUGUUGUGGAUACCGGACCGACUUGCACACGGGUUCAACUGAACUUUCCUGGCCUGUUGGUGUUGGCCAGUGGCAAAUUUCGGCUGCCCUUCUCUGGUUCCGUUCCCCGUCCGGAUCUGCCCACAUUGUGCACCGCACAUUGUUUGGUCCUUCGAACCGGAUGCAGCAUCGGUGCCUUCGCGCAGUUGGAGGAAAUUUAGCGGCUGAGGUGGAGGAACGAAAUUUCCGCAAGUGUUCCCGCGCCACCGGUGGCGUCGUUCGCGUUUCGAGAAGUAGUCCGCGCGAGUGACGCUGUGAAAAGUGAAACACGUCGAAACACGUUUCGACAAGGACAGUUAAGUAGUGCUUGUGUGUGUGCCCGCCUUGGGCUGAAGAAAAACCGACCGAGUACGGUCUCGAACAGACAAUAAGUGUAAGUGUGCCCCAGGGGGCGAAGAAAGAAGUGAAAAAUCGUGUGCGUGAAGGAUGCUGAUGCACACGCCAACCAAAAGUGAUAAAAUGGCCGAACUGAAGACGCUCAUCCACCUGCGUGGCCAGGCGAAGGCCAAAGUGACCCGAAUCCGGAAAACGAUUGAAGACGUCUCGGCAGCCGGCGUUGUCCAGUUUACCCUGGCCCAGCUGAAGGUAUAUUCUCGGAACCUGGAAGCCCAUUUCCAAGAAUACCUAAGCUUCCACCACCAAAUCACCGCGUUGUUGCCAGCGGAAAAAUUGGAUGACAACGACGCCACCUACCUCCAAUUCGAGAACCACCACACUGAAACCGCAAUGAUGGUGGAAACGCUCAUCCAGUCCGCAACCCCGCAGCCGCCUCCAACGAAUGUGUCCGCACCCGCGAACAGUGCCCAGCUACCACCACAGAUAGUCGUCCAGCAGCAACCGCUGCCGGUUCCAAUCCCUUCGUUUGACGGAAAGCCGGAGAACUGGCCGAGAUUCCAGCAGGUCUUUUCGGACAUUAUGUCACGGUCCAGAGACUCCAACGCCGUCAAGUUACACCACCUUGAGAGGGCACUGUCCGGUGGGUCCGCCGCCAAGAUAAUCGAUCCGAAAACGCUCAGUGAUGGCAAUUUCGAUCACGCUUGGGAGCUGCUGCUUGACGUUUACGAAGACGAAAGGAAAGCAGUGGACUCGCACAUCCAUGGCCUACUGAGUCUGAAACGGAUGACCAAGGAGUGCUCCAAGCAGAUGAGGGAGUUGCUCAAUGAAGUUACCCGCCACGUCGAGGGACUGCGGCUGCUGGAACAGGAUUUGGAAGGAGUUUCCGAAAGGUUCGUCGUCGUCGUGCUGUCAGAUGCUUUCGAUCCCGAAACGAGGAAGCAGUGGGAGACCACCAUUCCCCACAAGCAGAUCCCGUCGUAUGAAGACACCGUCAUGUUCCUGAAGGAGCGAUGCUCACUGUUGGAGCGUUGCGAAGCCAGUCAUCCGAAGCCGUCGUCAGCCAAGGAAUCCAGUCAGAAGUCCAACCCGAAGCUAUCGUCGAAGUCCCCGCCGGUGAAGUCGUUCGCUAUGGCUACACCCGUAGCUAAUAGUGAGGCGACCUGUGAGAUUUGUAGUGCGAGCCAUCCAAACUACAAAUGUGAAAGGUUUGUUGCGCUGACGGUACCCCAACGUAGAACUAAGGUAAGAGAACUUUUCCUUUGUUUCAACUGUUUGAGGAAGGGACACCUUUCCUCAAAAUGCCCAUCCAACAAAUCAUGCCAGGAGUGUCAAGGUAGGCAUAACACCUUGCUACACGAGCCCAAAGUUCCAAAGCCCGAAUCCAAGCCCAUUGUUGAUAAUCCAACGCCCAACCCCGAACCCGCUAAGGUUGUUGUUAGUUCCCAAGUUCCGAAUCCUGUUGAAAGUGUUGCAUCUGUCUCCAAUCCCGUCCAAAAGAUACCUCGUUCGGAUGGCACGCUAUUGCUUACGGCCAUGGUUGAUGUCCUUGACAGCCAUGGAAAUUCCUUCCCUUGCCGUGCAUUCCUCGAUUGUGGUUCCCAACCACAUUUGGUUUCCCGUUCGUUUGUUGAACGAUUGGGAAUCGACCAGGUACCUACCCAUGUAGAAGUUAUUGGAGCUACCGGUAAGCGAUCGGUGCUCGACAGAAAGGCAACACUUUCGUUCCGGUCCCGUUGUAAGGAUUAUCAAGCCCGAAUCGAAUGUUUGGUCACCGAUGUGGUGACUGGUCCCCUCCCCGGUCGUAAGAUGAAUUGUCGGUCUUGGAACAUUCCCUCAGGUCUUUCGCUUGCUGAUCCCACUUUCCAUAUUCCAGGAGAAGUGCAGUUACUGAUUGGAGUUAAACUGUUCUUCGAUUUGAUGCUUCCCGGCCAUUUGGUGCUAGGCCAAAACCUGCCUAUACUCAAGGAGACUCGUCUAGGAUGGGUCGUUGCUGGCGGUGUUGAGGACGUGGAUGAAAAUCAGCACUGCUACACGGCCAGCUUGCGGCCACUCACAGAAUGCAUGGAGAAGUUUUGGUCUGUUGAGUCGGUCGAGAAUAGCAACGUGGCUUCCAAGGAGGAGCAAGAUUAUGAACAACUUUUCAGCUCGUCCACCGUCCGUAACCCAGAUGGUACCUACACUGUCCAUCUUCCAUUGAAGGAAUCCAUGAGUGAACUAGGCAGUAACCGGUCUCUAGCUUUGAAACGUUUCCAUAUCCUGGAGCACCGCUUCAGCAAGAAUCCCGAAUUGAAAGAGGCUUAUGUCGAUUUCAUCAAUGAGUACAAGUCGUUGUCCCAUUGUAAGCAGAUUUCCGAGUCUGAUGAUACCCCAGGGAAAUUAGUUCACUAUCUACCGCACCAUGCCGUCCUCAAGCCAAGCAGUUCCACUACUCGCUUGAGAGUUGUUUUCGACGCCUCGGCUCGAACAGCUGGUCCGUCUCUGAAUGAUGUGUUAAUGAUUGGUCCCACUGUCCAGGAUGAACUUUUUUCCAUUAUCCUACGAUUCCGUAAGCAUCGGUUCGCGAUAACCGCUGAUAUCUCCAAAAUGUACCGAAGGAUUCGUGUGGUCGAAAAUCAUUCUGGGCUCCAGCGAAUAUUUUGGAGGGAAAAUCCUGAUGAUCCGCUCCAAAUCCUGGAGUUGACAACCGUUACCUACGGGACGGCUAGUGCGCCGUUUCUGGCCACUCGAUCAUUGCUGCAGCUUGCACGUGACGAGUGCCAACGUUUCCCAGUAGCAUCCAAGGUAUUAGAAGAAGAUGUCUACAUAGAUGACGUGGUAUCAGGGGCUGAUACCAUUGAGCAGGCCAUUCAGCUUCGCUCGGAUUUAACCGACAUGUUAAAUUCCGGAGGUUUCCCUGUGCAUAAAUGGUGUGCCAGCGACGCAGCCAUCCUAGAUACCGUUCCCGAGGAAGACCGCGAAAAGUAUUUGGUGUUUGAAGAUUCCGACGUGAACAAGGUUAUUAAAACCCUUGGCCUGUUGUGGGAUCCUGAGGAAGACGAAUUCCGUUUCCAUUGUAAGUUGUCGUUCCAACCGUUGCCUAUUCCAACGAAACGUAUCGUCCUCUCCGAAAUUGCUCGUUUGUUCGAUCCUUUGGGGCUUGUGGCUCCAGUUAUAGUCCUCGCCAAGAUAAUUAUGCAACAGUUGUGGAAGGACAAGGUAGGUUGGGAUGACCCGUUGACAGGCGAGAAUCUACAGUCUUGGCUUACGUUUAGAGAAUCCCUGAAAUAUGUUGACUCCGUCAAAAUCCCACGCUUCUUCGGCUUGGUAAGCGUCGAGAGUGUUGAAGUACAUGGAUUCGCUGACGCUUCCCUUCGUGCGUACGGAGCAGCCAUUUACUUACGAGUUGUAUCAGGUUCCGAUGUAAAGGUUUCAUUGCUCUGUAGUAAAUCCAGAAUUGCUCCAUUGUCACCUUUGACGAUUCCCAGAUUAGAGCUAUGCGCCGCCCUAUUGAUGUCCAGACUUGUUCCCAAAUGCAUUGGGUCGUUGAAAAUGGAAAUUCAACGCAUCUGCCUGUGGUCUGACAGCAACAUUGUACUCGCCUGGUUGAAAAGGUUGCCCAAUGAUGUUUUUGUCCGCUACCGGGUGAUGGAGAUCAAUUCAGCCACCCAAGGUUUUAUUUGGUUUUACGUUCGUUCUGAAGAUAACCCAGCCGAUGUCGUGUCCAGGGGGCAGUUGCCGCAAACUCUUGCCAGUAACAGUUUGUGGUGGAAUGGACCGACGUUUUUGAAGCUGCCCCAGUAUGAAGUUCUGAUUCCAGAUCCACUUCCGGAAUCCGAAAUGCCUGAUGAUACACCGAUUGUGCCAAUCGUCUCGGCGACGGUUGUUUCUCCUGACGUACCUUUCUUAGAAGCCUUCGGAUCAUUCCGAAAAUUGCAGAGGGUGAUUGCGUACGUCUUACGGUUUGCAAACAACUGUAGAGUGAGGCACGCCGAUCGUGUGUUAUCCAAACAUUUGACAGUUCCUGAAUUGCGUAAAUCCAUGAUGACUAUUAUCGGAGUCGUUCAACGUCUUGAAUUGUCGGAUGAAAUCAACCUGAUUUCGUCAGGGAAACAUAGUCGUCGUUUAGGUCCACUUGAUCCCAUAUUGGUGGACGGUUUGUUAAGAGUAGGUGGUCGUUUGGAGAAUUCUCACCUACCGUAUGAAGCUCGCCACCAGGUUCUUCUUCCGAAUAAGAGCCCAGUUUGCGAGCUUCUGAUUCGGGACAUGCAUCUCGAAAACCUUCAUCUUGGUCCUUCAGGGUUGAUGUCUCUUAUGCGUCAACGAUUCUGGUUGAUUAACGCUAAAUCAACCAUUCGGAAGGUUUUGCGGAGAUGCGUGACUUGUUUCCGAUCUCGUCCUCGCUGCCUACAGCCUAUGAUGGGUCGCCUUCCGGAGACUCGUGUCGUUCCCUCCGCUCCGUUUUCUCGAACCGGCGUUGACUUUGCCGGACCGGUAUUCGUGAAGGUUGGUCUCCGGAAGAUCGUUCGUGUAAAGGCCUACAUCUGUAUUUUUGUGUGUCUCGCUACCAAGGCCAUUCAUUUGGAGCUGGUUUCCGACCUGUCUUCCGCAGCGUUCGUGGUUGCUCUCCACCGUUUUGUUAGCCGCAGAGGCUUAGUUGAAGAGUUACAUUCCGAUCACGGCACAAAUUUCGUAGGUGCAAAAUCGGACCUCCAUGAACUGUUCCUGAUGUUCAGAGACGAUCAAUCCAAGGGAAGGAUUGAUGAUUUCUGUUCUGGCCAUGAAAUUGUCUGGAAAUUCAUCCCGCCUCGCUCACCAAAUUUUGGAGGGUUGUGGGAGGCCGGGGUGAAGAGUACAAAAACCCAUUUACGAAAGGUCUUAUCUAACGCCUGUCUCACUUUCGAAGAAUUCUGUACUGUACUGACGCAGAUUGAAGCAGUACUUAAUUCGCGUCCACUCUUCGCCAACUCGUUGGAUACCCAUGAACCGUCUGCUUUAACCCCUGGCUAUUUUCUAAUUGGUCGAGCAUUGGUCGCCAUUCCUGAGCCGACGCUUGAAGAUGUACCUGUCAACCGCUUGACCCGUUGGAAAUACUUGCAGUCUCUUCGACAACACUUUUGGAAACGCUGGUCGAAUGAGUAUCUCAACACGCUCCAAGCUCGCUCUAAGUGGCAUAACGGUUCUCCAAACGUUACUCCUGGGCUCAUUGUGAUUAUUAAAGAAGACAACCUUCCACCGCAGUCAUGGAAAUUGGGCAGAAUUGUGAAGGUUUACCCUGGCAAAGAUUUAGUAGUAAGGGUAGUUGACGUUGAAACAUCUACUGGGGUAUACCGUCGUUCAGUAUCCAGACUCGCACCACUUCCAAUCGAAGACAACGAUCAAGUUCUCGCAUCUACAGAUCCACAGUGAAACCCGGCGGGAGAAUGUUCGGUUCCGAACGUUUAUUUUUUUUUGUAUUGUUUAUGUUUUGACCAAUUUUUUGUUUUGUAUGACCCACUCUGUAUGUUAAUGCCCAAAGAACCAUCUUUCCCUUCAUUCCCCUUCCCAUUUGACCCAUGUUCCCCCAUUCAUCGUAAUUUGUCUUUUGAAUGAUAAGUUUACCAAUACCUUUCCCUAAUUAGUCUUAAGAAAAGUAAAACCCUUCUAGAAGCUUCUCCCGUUUUCCAGAUCAGUCAUUUUUUGUUGUUUUUGUUUUAUUUUUGCAUUCCAACUGAAAGGGGAGGAGCCUAUUUUGUACCAAUCACUCACUCACACUACUAAAUUUUCUAGUAUAUAAGUGACCCAUGUAGCGCAAAGCGAAUCAGUUUUAUUUUGAACGUCGAGGAAUAAACAUCGUUUAGAAAGUGAAGCAACCCGGAGUUUUCCUUUCCCACCGAGAAGCCAACAGUCCUGCCUCCACUGACGAAGCGAAGCGACCGCUCGCUGCUGUUGCCUACGAGAUACAGUCCACCGCUCAACCGAGCAAAUUCCGAGCAUUAGCGCUGUUCCUUCAGACCGCUCCACAACUCGACCCCACCAGUGGUAAUCGAUUGUGGAUACCGGUUUGACUGCACACGGACAGACUAAUACUCCAGAAGGUGCCAACCGAUCAGUCGUUGCUGGAGCACCAACAAGGAAUUUUCAGUGCCCCAUCGGUCCGCUCCACGAUCAGAGCUUUCCGGUAACCUGUUGUGGAUACCGGACCGACUUGCACACGGGUUCAACUGAACUUUCCUGGCCUGUUGGUGUUGGCCAGUGGCAAAUUUCGGCUGCCCUUCUCUGGUUCCGUUCCCCGUCCGGAUCUGCCCACAUUGUGCACCGCACAGACUUCGUGAAAAUCGUUCUACUCGUAUUUAUUCCCGCUCUCCUUAUUACACCCUCUAAAUCAAUGUUGAAUAGCAAGCUCAAAAGACCAUCACCUUGCCGUAACCCUCUGUGAGAUUCGAUGGGACUCGAGAGUGUCCCUGAUACUCGAAUCACGCACAUCACUCGACUCAUCGUCGCCUUGAUCAAUCGUAUCAGUUUAUCCGGGAAUCCGUAUUCGUGCAUAAUCUGCCAUAGCUGUUCUCCAUCGAUUGUAUCAUACGCCGAUUUAAAGUCGAUGAACAAGCGAUGUGUGGGCACGUUGUAUUCACGGCUUUUCUGCAGCACCGGGCAGAUGGCGAACAUCUGGUCCGUUGUAGUGUGUUCACCCAUGAAUCCAGCCUGAUAUUGCCCCACGAACUCUCUUGCAAUCGGUGAUAGACGGUGGCAUACAAUUUGAGAGAGUAUCUUGUAGGCAGCCCACAGUAGAGGAAUUCCACGGAGUCAUGUCAGUCGAUCCUGAGCGACCAUUUCAAAAAUAUCUGAAACUUUGCACAGUUUUUCAAUUUCAUAUAAAUCGCCAUUUUUUGAUAUUAAACCUUCAUAUUCACUCACGACUAACUUUUCAAAAGGGUGUAUGCGAAAAUAGUUCUAAAAUAUUCUAAAAGCUGUACAGCAAAAACGGAUUGUUCGAUUGUUAUAAAUUUUUCAGCAAAGUUAGAUAACUAAAUGAUGAUUCCUUAGAAAAUAUACACUGUAAAAAAUUUCUUUUUCUACUUUGAAAAAAUAUGAUAUUUGUCACAAAAACUCAAAUAUCUCAAAACCCUAUCUUUUUACCAACUUCAAUUUUUUAGGGGAAAUGGCCCAUUAUAUCAGCUAUCUACCAUAAAAUUUUGGUGAUGGUAAACUGAUAAACAAAAAAGUUAUGACAUUUCAAACAUUUCACAAUUUUUACAUUUAGUAACAAAAAAAAAAAUUUUUCUGUGUAAAUUAUUUCGAGAAUUAUAUUUUGAUGCUGAUUUUAUUGUAAAGGCUACCGCCUGAAUUAAACAAGUUGUUUUCAUGAUACUUUAGUUUGAUUAUUCGUAAUUACUAUAGUAUCUAUUUGAAACUUAGACGCGAUCCAAUGUUGUGAUCAAAAAUAUUGAGAUUGUCAUACUUUUUAUUGUACGUGACUGGUGAAAAAAUCCCUUGAUAGUGUUGAAAAGCUGUUGAUUAUAAGAAAAAUGGAAUUGAAUUUAUUUUUAAGACAAAAGCUGUAUAAUAAAAGUUUUUUUUAUACGCGUAUACGUCUAGUUUAUCCGCAAAAAAAAAAAAUCCCUCUUACACACUUAUUUCUGAAUUGCCUGUUCGGUACUUUUUUGACGAGAUUAUAACAGCAGUACGAUCUCGGUAGUUUCGGUAAUCGAUUUUACUGAGGCUCAGUAAAACAACUGUCAAAAUCGUAUGGAAAAGGUAAACAAUGCAUUUUUGCUGAACGAGUUCGGUGCUCAGCAGUUUUAAUCUCGUCAAAAAAUUACCGAACUCGGUAAUCAAAAUUAAGUGUGUAGAGAACAGACUUUAUGAUCGGAAGAAUGCGAGUAACUUCAACAACAACAAAUGCAUAAGAGGUACAUACCACAGACAAACAGACGAAACGCCUAGAACAAUUUUAGUGAAAAUUCAUCGCCCAGUUCACACUAUCACCACCUGGUGGAAAUGUUUCACGAAACACUGCGUUGUGCAAUAUCGUCAUCAGAAGGCGCUAGUGUGAAACGUCAAACGCAAAGAAAAACGAUGGGCGCUCUUCUUGUUAUGAAAGCCACAACCAAGAUUCAAAAUGAUCGUUGAAGGC